GGCAUGAUUAAGUCAGCGAGUUCUGUUAUGAAGUCUGGUGAUCAUCGUGAUUAACUAGCUAAAAAUGAGGGUGUGAUUGGAUUUGAGAUGGAAGGUGCUGGAGAGGGAUAGCCUGCCUUGUGUUAUCAUCAAAGGUGUUUGCGAUCACGCAGACAGUCAUAAGAAUAAGGCAUGGCAAAACUAUGCUGUAGCCACUGCGGCAUCCUAUCAAAGGCUGUCUUCAGCAACAGCCACUUUUAUUAUACCAGUUCUGAUGAGAAUCGAUUUUUAGCAGAAACUACAAGUCAUGCUAAGCCAUCUUCAACGGUCCCCUUUGAGAGAGACGAAAUGUUUGUGGGUCGAGAAGAUAUUAUCAUGAGUAUUGAAGACGCUGUUCAAGAAGGUAGUGGGUGGACUUCUAAACGUGCCGCACUCGUGGGCUUAGAAGGUGUAGGCGAUCGAGUAUACAUACCAUGUUCGAGAAUCUGCGCUAAUACAUGGACAGUCUGGAUUCACGCGAGCAAUACAACGAGAUUUGAGCAAGGGUACCGGGAUAUUGCAACAGUAGCGAAGGUUCCUGGACGGGAUGAUCCAAAAGCUAACAUUCUACAGUUAGUCAAUGAGUGGUUAUGUGAUGACACGAACGGCAGAUGGUCGAUAGUCCUAGACAAUACAGACGAUAUUGAUACAUUUUUUAACACCUCUAGUAAAAGAGUACCUUUAGUGGACCACCUACCUCAUGUUUCCCACGGGUCGAUUUUAGCUACAUCACGAAAUCAGAUAUCAGAUAGUGGCACGGAACAUAGUGGGCGCUCGUGGUCAGGUGAUACAAGUGAAGCCGAUGAGUACUAA